AUGAAGAUUGCAGUGUUGACUCUACUGGUCGUACUUGUUACGAGUCAAGAUGUGGACCAAGUAGAAGAGACUACUGUGGAGUUGUGUGGAAACAGCACAGAAGAGAGUUGUGAUGCCUUUAAUAGCACUGAAGUUCCUACUGAACCACCUACCGAAGUGACUACAGCAGCCAGCAAGAAAGUUACGAGUAAAAAGCCCAAGACUACUACUGCCAAGUCAGUGACAAAAAAAACUCCAGCCAAAAAUGGCUCCAAUAUUCUAUCACCUCAAGCAGACUGCACUUGCGAUCUCACACGGGGAGGCUGCGAGAUGAAUUGUUGCUGCGAUGUAGACUGCAGUGAGUCGCAGCGUGCAGUGUUUACAGAAUGUGCUGCAUUGGCUGCUGCGGACAACAUGGACUGUGUUCCUCCGCAGCUGGUCUUCCGCAGCAACAGUAAUCAGACUGUCUUGUCAGAAGGAAUGCUCUGCGUUCUGCAGCAAAACACACACUUCUCUACCAACUACAGAGAUGUUCCGGUGGUGAGGACUUUGACAGCACUCAAGGCCAAGAUUGAUAAUCAAAAGUAUUAUUCUUGGGUGAAGCCACAACCCUCUAUGGCUGUGUUUGAUCCGGAAAGUGCCUACAAAGACGGGUCCCCUCUCUGGACCACUGACAACUCCACCAUAACAACAUUAGCCUUGCCUACAACUGGAGCGUUCAGCACUGAGUGUGUAGGGAUAGUUACGGCCAAAUACUUGGUAGACGUUGAGACAUCUUGUACUGUCUUCCUCCGAAACAAAACAGACUGUCUCACAUCAUCGUAUACCAACUUCACUGUCAUCUCAUCACCUCUUAACUUCAACUUCACGGGUCCUCAGGAAUGUACCGAAGACAUCUGUCUACCAAUUCGUCAGUUUUUGUGCGCCAAAUUCUGUGUUGAAGGAAAAGUUCCUCGCUCAAGUUACAUUAGUUCCACACAGACUUGUAUCAAUGUCGUGGAGUCCGUCGAGUACAGAAUAUACCACAACGGGUCUCAGGGAGUGGUUGAAUUAAAAGCCUUCUUUACACUAGCUAACUUCACCGUACGUGAUGAUCAACUUGUAAGAAAACAACAUAGGGUUACGUUUAAGUGGGCCGGAAGUAACAGGGAGAAGAUAGUGAGAGUUAGUGGUCACCCGGGGUACAAGAAGGGAAGGCCUGUCAUAUCGGGGAAGAAAACAGGCAAGACUAUAACCUUGAACGGGUCCGAGAGUGAGUGGAUCAAUGUAGCAGUGGCUGGACCAUCCGGGUUCUGUGAAAAAAGACACAAUAUCAUGUUUGGAGAGAACUUGCAGUCACAGUGUGUCGCAAAAGUUAGCGGAACUUGCAAGCAGAUUCAAAAUCAGCUAUGGCAAGCUAUGCUGGGACCUGGAGGUAAUAUGAGUGAGAUGGUGGUAUCAGCCUACGGAGAUCCACGGGAGAGCGAUGUGGAAGCGUGGGUGCCUCUAAUAACAGCUGAUCUGCCCCCUCUCCCAAGCCUCGUGUCAGCUGUUGACAUCGUAGUGAUUCACACUCUAGUUGGACAUGCAACCAAACCUCAGACGAAAAUAAUCGGAGUUUUCCUCUCCCAGUCUUCCAAGACUACUUGUGCCACAAAUCUCAACAGAGUUCUUGUCAAAGUGUCUGUAAAAUUUGUCGAUAAGACAGUCGCACCUGUGACAAAGUUUGCGCCUCCACCUGUCUACGAGAUUAAACUACCUCAGGAUUUUUUCUACCCGUUUUUGUCCUCAGGUGGGACGAGUUUGGCACAAUCAAUUGCGGUUGUUUUGGUAGUGGUAAAGUGUUUGUUUUAGUGUAAAGUGUGUUAAGUUGAACAAUAUUAUUGGAUCUUCAAUAAGUUAAUCCAUAACUAAAAUAGUUAAUGAGAUUAUUGGGACUGUGGUUAUUAGUGGGACUGAUGGGUACAAUCAGUAUAAUGUAGUUGAACUUUUAAUGGCUUCUUAUAGCUUUUUUAAACUUUUGUCAUGAUUAGAGCUUUAAAAUUAACAUGUUUAAUAAUACAGUGGAACCACAGGAUCGGUUUAGUUUUGAUGAUGAUAUAUUGUUGCUUGACUUAUACCUGCGUAAAAAUGUCUAAACUUACUUACUUAAUGUAUGAUACGGUAGAGGUUUGCUAUGACUAAUUAAUUGAUUGGCAGUUAGUUUACGGUUGUGUAAUGGUUAUCAAGCUAAAGAGUAGAAAGGUAAUAACUUAAUGGGGAAGCAAUGGCACCAACAUGACUAGUGUGUGUGAAAGCAAGGUGGAAUAUGUAGGCUAGCCUUAUUUCAACAGUAUUAGCCCUUUUACAUCUUAAACACAGCACGGAGUUACCAUAUCAGUUUUUCAUCAAAUCAAUAUUGUUAAACUCUGUUUGUCAUCAAAAUGUUCAACAAAAUUAUCCAAAGUUAUAUUUUUUAACCACCUCUAGAAUUCAAUAUUUUAACACUGAUCACAAGUUGAAUAAAAGAUAAAUUGUGUUAAAGAAGGUUGGAUUAAGCUUGUUUCACUGUAGUUAAAUAAGAAACAUUUUAUUUUAUGGCUUAGUCCAAUUCUAUGAAAUGUGAUUUUUAAAUCAAGUUAGCAAUGUUAAGAGAUAGUUUAUAAUUUGUAAUGAUUGUUAUAAAUUGUGCCUUUACUUCACUCAUACUUUUGACUAAAAAAUCUUUGCUAUUACUUAAUGUGGAAUGUAGACUUAAGAAAAUAUUGGAUAAUUAUUGCGUAAAAUGCCCAGUGUCAUUGGUCAUUACAUUGCAAAGUUUAUUCUUGAAUAAAGAUUUGAUAUAAACUGAUCUUGUUUUAUUAUUUGAAAUUUUCAUCUUGUCCACAAAAGCUCCAAUGUGAUUCAAAAGUAUAAGUAUUGUUAACAAUUACAAUAAUUAAGCAUAAUUAAAAUUCCUGACCAAUAUUGAUGUUCUCCAUUCUAUAACCUUGCAUAACUAUUACA